CGCGGGUGGGAGCCCAGAGCCAGAGAGCGCGCUGGGCGGUGCCGGGCAUCCGCGGAGUGGAACGGGACCGGUGGAAUGCACAGGGUCGCAGCGCCUGGGCCAUCCUCGGUCAGAGGCCAGCGAGCAAACGGGCGCCCCAGAGCCUUGCUGAGAGAUGCAGACAGAAGCUGAGGCACAGAAAAGGGAAGUCUUAUGUCCAAAGUCACACAAGGAGCAGCUGAGCCGGGACAACCCCCUGGGUUUCCAUUUCCUUCACCGUAAACUCUGGGCUUUCCCAGCUCCGAAGUCAAUACUGAGAUCUCAGAUGUGUCCAGAGACAUCCUGAAGAGGCUCGGGGGUUGAGGAGCCUUAGUGUGUCCACAAAGAGACUCCUGAAACUGACUGCGAGCCAGCGGAUUUGCCAGCUGAGCUUCUACCGAAUCUUCCCCCACCUCAAUCCCUGUUGCUAUGGAGACUACCAAUGGAACUGAGACUUGGUAUGAGAGCCUACAUGCCGUGCUGAAGGCUUUAAAUGCCACUCUUCACAGCAAUUUGCUCUGCCGGCCAGGGCCAGGGCUGGGGCCAGACAACCAGACUGAAGAGCGACGGGCCAGCCUACCUGGCCGUGAUGACAACUCCUACAUGUACAUUCUCUUUGUCAUGUUUCUAUUUGCUGUCACUGUGGGCAGCCUCAUCCUGGGAUAUACCCGCUCUCGCAAAGUGGACAAGCGUAGUGACCCCUAUCAUGUGUAUAUCAAGAACCGUGUGUCUAUGAUCUAACACGAGAGGGCUGGAAUGGUGGAAGACCAAGACACCUGGGGAUUGCGUCUGGGGCCUCCAGAACUCUGCUGUGGACUGCAUCAGGUCUCAGUGUCCCUAUCUGUAAGAGCAACAAGAAACAGGGCUAAGGGAGGUUGUCACUGGGGUGGGAGAAGAGGGGCUGGUAGACCGAAGCCUUGUGCAUAAGGAUUUUUUCCCAGGAAAAGAUAGACUUUAUAAACAGUGGGAGUCCAUGAACAAACAUAUAAAAGUAGCAACAGACAAUGACCAA